CGGCAAUCAACACCGACACGUUCACUGUUGGCUGAAGGGAAUAACCAUCCCUUCCACCGCCAACCACUCAGCCAUGCUGCCUCGGAGCAGUGCCUCAGGUCUGCUAUUUUUUCUCGUUACCUUUUUGUCCUGGGUCUCCUUUGCGGUAGCUUCCUCCCCCGCGUCGUUCUGCAAGUGUACUUGCUUUUCCAACAGCACGAUUAUCCCUCUCGAUUCCGACUCUUCCCAGUCUGGCUCGGCCUUGAACGGUGUCUCCCAUUUCUUUCAGCGGAGUGAUGAUACACUUAGCUUGAGUGGAAGAGCCAAGAAUUAUCGCUCUCUGAAUUGUAACGAUUGUAACCGGAAGUUCUGCUUGGACUAUGAUUUGCCUACCUGCCAUGGCGCCAAGGAGGACGAUGUCUUCACCACCUGUUUCCAAAGAGACUCCCGGAAAGACCAGGCCAUAGUGUUUAUUUUUAUCAUUGCUACAGGCAGUCUGCUUGCCUGGGCAAUCUUUAAGCCUUGGGUAGAAAAGUGGCUCGAGGCUGCAAGGGAGCGGCGAUCAUAUAUCCCAAUCUCCGAAAAUGCUGGCCAUUAGGGAUAGGAAUGCAUAUUACAUGCAAGUUACACACUACAACACCGAUCCGGCUCACUUGCCCGUGGCAUACUGACGCCGGUCAUUCGUGAAACCGAAGCUAGAGGUGAAACAGCUACCCACGCGAUCUUCAAGUCGGAGUUUGAUACACACACCUGCCGAGAGCAUGGUAUGUUGAAUCAUUGACGGGCACAGCACCCCCAUUCAAUCUUGUAGAAAGGCUAGCCUGGAGGGGACUUCAUUGGCAGGCUGUUCGAAUCCGCGCCGUCCCCUUUACCUAACCCCCAAAAAUCUGUACCCUGGCGUUGCUAUCCAAUAUGAACGUGUAAAUACCUCAAUCGGAUCACUCUAUAUUGGAGGGUUACAGUCCCAAGAACGCAAACUAGAACGUCAUGUGGGGAUCGACAGUCUAGAGAUGAAUCCAGAAACUCAGAGUAUAAGAUAACAUCGACAACCGGGGUACCGUUUUGAUAAUGUGGUGAAAUCAUAUUCUG